AUGUCUGACACGCAGCCAGCCGAAAUCAUCUACCCGCCGCUGGAUAUAAAGUCCAUAGUCGACAAAACCGCUGAGCAUGUGGCCAAAUCUGGCGAGCGGUUCCAGGGACUUUUGCGCGAGAAAUACGAGGGCAACGCCAAGUUCUCGUUUCUCUAUCCAAACGAUCCGUACAACGCGUACUACCAGCACAUGGUUGUAAAAUUCAAAUCCGGAGAUGUCACAGACCAGCCAGCACUGCAGAAUACACCGGACAAAGCUGAGCCUAUCGAGCAGGAUCUGGAGACCGAGGCACCCGAACAGCCCGAUCCGAUCCAAUUCGCAUUCCCGAUGCCUGCAAUCUCAGCGCAAGAUCUGGACGUGCUCCGGCUCACAGCCCAGUUUGUUGCCCGUAAUGGGCGUCAGUUUAUGACCACGCUGGCGCAGCGCGAGGCCAACAGCUACCAGUUUGAUUUUCUCAACCCGAACCACACGCUGUUUGGGUUCUUCCGCAAGCUUGUUGACCAGUACACGUUGGUAUUCUUCCCGCCCGACAGUUUGCAGCAGCGGGAGAAGAAGCGACGCGAGGAAAUUGCAGACAGAGAGAAGGAAGAAUUCUUAGCCAUCGACUGGCACGACUUUGUAGUCGUUGGGACGGUCGAGUUUGUUGAGGAAGAUGCGUUUGUCGAUCUGCCUGAGCCCAUGCUGUUGCAGGAUCUGAAGAACAUGACGCUGGAAGACAAGCACAGGUCGCAGCAGCAGGAUGACACAAGCAGGCCUGCAGAAAGGACUACAGCAGCUGACACUCAUCAUGCUGCAGCCCAGGUUGAGGAGGAAGACGACAACGAUGUGGAGAUGGAGAUGGAAGAUGAGGAUGAGGAUGAGGAUGAGGUGGAGGAGGAAAUCGAGGCCGACAAGAAACCCGCUGCUCCCGCAGUUGAUGUCACCAAAAUGAAGAUCCGCAAGGAUUAUGUCCCGAACCUGCGUCGUGGACCACAGUCUCGUGAGGUCACUCUGCAGUGCCAGCUGUGCAAGCUCGACAUCCCAGCAUCCGAGUUCGACGAGCACAUCCGCGUCGAGCUGAUUGACCCCAAGUGGAAGGAGCAGAAGCUCGCCUACGAGCGUAAGAUCCGCGACACAAAUCUUGUCCAGGAAGGCAUGGACGUGGCAAAAUACCUGCGCCAGAUGGCCAGAAACCGCUCAGACAUCUUUGGCCAGGAUGGCAACCAAGCAAGCGUCGACGAGGAGCAGGCGCUGGCCGACUCCAAAAAGCCAGUCAUGUGGGACGGAUUCUCGUCAACUGCCGGCCAUGCAGUCAGGAGAGCCCGCGAAAACGUUGCUGUCGACCACCAGCUCGCCGAGAUCCACCGCACAAAGGCCCAGAUCGGACCGCAGGCGAGCAGACCGCAGCACGACACGAAGCGCCGCAGGACUGACCACUGA